AUGCACUCCCUCGGCAAAGCGGUCGUCACGGCCCUUGGCCUUGCGGCCUCCAGCCGUGCCCUGGAAGCCGUCAUUCUAGCAGACACAAACCGAGACGGACAGCUCGAUGUCACGUCGGAUGCUCAAGGAAAACAAGCCUGGACCGAGGAGCGCGGAGCACUAUUCAUGGCCAAUAUCGCGGAUACAGAUGGUCGAUGUGCCGAGAAAAUCACCGAUACAACUCCGUUUGCCGAUCUCGACAAGUGCAACGAUGCUUCUGAUAACGUUCUACGGAACCCCAAAUUCUUGGCUCCUCUGCAAACACUCCCGAAUUCUGGGCUGACCGACGCGGCCCAGGGUCGAAUUACCGUUUCCGGUGACCUGGCCAAGGAUAAAGUCCGAAUUUUCCACAAGACCGGCAACGACUGGGCCUACGUCGAUGAUAGCCGAGUGUUCCAGGCUGCUGAGCUGCGUGCUGGCUUGGAGCUCGGCAUUGACGCUCGGGAUGUGCGCCGGCCCGGCGGAUGGGAUGGCAGGGUUAGAGUUCACUUCAACCUGACUGACAACGGCGAGUCCGCCGCCGACAAUGUGCAGCUUCGCGUGGCUCCCGUCUUGAUACACCACCACUUGCAAAAGUUGACACAGGUGUACAUUGCUUCCAUCAAGGACCACAGCCAGGGUACGAGGCAGUUCAUCGAGAAUGUGGAAAAGUACGCCAGUGACGCCGGUGCGCCCGUCGCCAAGUUCGACACGGGAAGAGAUACCUGGGCGCAGGACGUGUUUGAGGUUGGGUACACGAGCAUUCCCGGCCCAGACGGUCCCGUGGUCCUCCGCGUCCUCAUCAGAAGCAGCCAAACAAAUCAACGCGACGUGAGUGGCCGAAACGUUUACAAACAAUUGCGAUCUGCGUCCGUCGCCGCAGUCCAGCAUCUCCCCCCCGUGGUCGACGGUCCCCUAUGGGGCAUCGACUCGCUGGGAAACCUCGAGACUGUCCCUCCUCACAGCCACAAUGGGAAACACUAUCCGAAUGGACGGGCCGUCAUGGGCAGCAAGCUCGGCACGAAGCCGCACAUGGUUGCGUUUCUCGAGGCCCAAGAGGUCCAGCCUCCGAUCGAAAUCGACACCGACUGGCUACGAGUCGGCCACACGGACGAGUUCAUGCAGUUCCUGCCGGCGAACAAUGAACGCGGCUGGGUCAUGGUUGUCGACGACCCCAAGCUUGCUCUGGACCUCUUCAAAAAGGCCCAACAGGAGGGCCACGGCGCGACGCAAGCCAUGUCUCGUCCUCACAUGCUCCACGAUAUUGAAUUUUUGACGUUUAGCACCCAAUUCUCGUAUCUGCCCUCUGAUACCAUUGACGGUGUGCUUCGGCGUUGGAAGCUUGAGGAGAGGAACCUGCUUGCCGCUGCGAGAAUCGAGGCCAACAUUGAAAUCAUGAAGAGGGAGACGGGCAUCACGGACGCCGACAUUAUUCGCAUCCCCGCACUGUACUACGUGCAUGGAAAGGGAUGGGACGACAAUAGACGCCAGUGGGGGAAGGAGAAGGGGCACAAGAGGAGCGAGCGCGAGGGUCUCAUGCCCGCGUUUGGGGAGGAAGACGGGGAGGCUCGGCUGGACCGCCGCCAGGCCGAGAAGCCCGAGAACCUGCUCGUUGCCUUUCAUCCUGCCGUUAUCAACGGCGUCGUGUUCAAUAACGGCCAGUACUUGGCGCCUAAUCCGUGGGGGCCGGUCAUUGACGGAUCCGAUAUCCUUGCGGCGGCGGCGAAUAAGGAGUAUGCCAAGUAUGGCUUCAAUAUUACGUAUAUUGAUGAUUGGUUUGACCACCACGCCAACGCUGGCGAGGUUCACUGCGCCACCAAUGUUGCUCGUGACGCUUCCAAAAAGUGGUGGUAG